GGGAGGGAGCGGGGGAGCGCACGGCUCUCGGCUGCGCGGAGAGCGGCGACUCUCCUCCUCCUCCUCCCGAGCGCGAGGCGAAACUUGGACGCGCGUGGGGCCGCGUCCCGGCGCGCCCAGAAGAUGCCGAGGCCCGGGCGGAACACGUACAGCGACCAGAAGCCCCCGUACUCGUACAUCUCGCUCACGGCCAUGGCCAUCCAGAGCUCGCAGGAGAAGAUGCUGCCGCUCAGCGAGAUCUACAAAUUCAUCAUGGAGCGCUUCCCCUACUACCGCGAAAACACGCAGCGCUGGCAGAACUCGCUGCGCCACAACCUCUCCUUCAACGACUGCUUCAUCAAGAUUCCGCGGCGACCCGACCAGCCCGGCAAGGGUAGCUUCUGGGCCCUGCACCCGGCGUGCGGGGACAUGUUCGAGAACGGCAGCUUCCUGCGACGGCGCAAGCGCUUCAAGGUUCUGCUGCACUCGGCCGGCAAGGAACCCGCGCCCUCCCCAUACUUCCAGCACCACGCUCACCACGCGCACCACGCUCACCACGCGCACCAGCAGCAGCAGCAGCAACAACAGCAGCAGCAGCAACAGCAGCACGCGGCCAAGCUGCGUCUGUCCCUGGCGGCCAGCGGGGCCCACCUGCCGCAGUUCGCCGCCGCCGCCGCGUACGGCAUGCAUGGGCUGCCACCCGCGUCCAGCUUCAAGCACCCGUUCGCCAUCGAGAACAUCAUCGCGCGGGAUUACAAGGCGAUGAUGGCUGCGGGCGGCCUGGCGCUCUCCGCGGCUGUGCAGCCCGUGCCCACCAGCUACCCAGUGGCGGCCGGGCUGGCCCCCGUCGUGGGCUCGCUGGCCCCGGGGUGGCCGCACAUGUACGCCACGGGGGUUCUGCACGACGCGGCGACCGCGGGCCCCGUGGCCGUGCCGGGCCUGCGCACCAGCGACUACGGCGCCUACGGAGUCCCCAUCACGCCGCUGGUGUGCGGACACGCGGCGCAGGGCCUCCCCGCGGUGCCCGUGCCCAUCAAGCCCGCGCCUCCGCCGCCUCUCCCGGCUCCCGCGGCCGCCUCGCUCCUCCUCGCCGGGGCCUCCCCGCGGCCCUCCGGGCCGGGGGGUUCCCCGACCUCUCCCGCCGCCGCGCCGCACAGGAGCCCCUCGCCCGGGGGGCACCUCCCGUCGUGUCCCCCGCCGGGUGCCCUGCGGUCCGUGUCGGUGCACUGAAGGAGCAGCGCGAAGGGGAGACGGGGACACGCGAACUCUCGCCUCGCCCCAACACACGCGGGUUUGGAGUGCGGGUUCAUGGAGCGUCACCACCACCAUCCUCAUCACCACCACCACUCUCAUCAGACACCAUCGUAAUUGUCAUUAUUUUUAUUUUUCCGUCUGCCUGUAGCGAUAUUUGGCCGGCAAACAGUUUCGCAAGAGAUGCUAGGGCGACGCGAGGUAUACGAUCUGAGCUGAUGUAAAAUGUGAUACGUGACAUGCGAGGUGUCAGGCGAGAGGUUUAGCACGUGAGAUUCGAUUCAUGAGACGUGAGAUGGGAGCUUUAAGAUGUGAGGUCUAGGAUGCGAGGUGUAAGACGUAAGUUGUUUAAUGUAAAAUGUGAGCUGUAUGGCUGUGAGAUGCAGAGAAGUAAUAUGUAGGGCUGUAAGAUAUAAGGUGUCAGAUUUACAAUGUGAGAUGUGAAUUGUAAGAGGUCAAAUGUUUGGUGUAAAUCUGAUCUGAAGUAUGCGAGUUGUACAAUGUGAGAUUGAGAUGUCGGAGAUUCAACCAGACGCACUUUUUUCGUGAGUCCCACUUCCUCUUCGUGAGGUCUCGGCUGCUGUAAAUAA